GGGUCGUUUCCACUUUGGAGAACCGACUUUGCUACCGGACAUCGGCGUUCUACCGGAGUGAUCGACUUGACUCGACAGAUCGACAUCUCCAUCGAUAAUUUCAUUGAUAAAAGGUCUCAUUGACAGUAGCUAUAAACGCCUGUCGCUGAAUGUCUCGCCACGGUACGAUUCUUCUGUGGUGGUGGUGGAUCCUGUCACCCCGCGAGGUCACUGCCACUCAGGCCCUCACGUCGUCCGGAUCCUCCUUGGGGCUAGGAAUAAUCGAUUACGGGAUCUACAAUGCUACUAUCAGAGGGACAAAUGGUGCUGCUGCAGCUUUUCGGAAACCCUGGUAUGAAUUGCGCAGUGGUGCCGCUGUACUGUCCAAAUCCCAGGAGGGAACCGGGACGACCAGUGCUGGUUCGUUUGGUACAACAUCUAGGACGACGACAACUUCGACGGCUUCUGCACUCAGAAGUCUAUUGUCCAACGCCAAUCCUUUGGAACCCCCUACACAAUUAUCACACUCCCGUGAUCCUAGAGGCAUCUGGCACUUGCUCCCACGAUCAAAACCAAACCCACAAGCUCUGUUUAUAUCCGGCAUGGCCUUCCUUGUAGGGUUCAUGGACGUCAUUUACGUUCGUCGGUAUGGUUGUUACGUCAACAUGAUGACGGGAAACACAAUUCGAGCGGCGACUCAGGCGGCUGAAGGCAAUCUAGGAUCCGCCCUUUUUCACGUCGCCCUCGUACUCUGCUACUGCAUCGGUGUGGGCUGGCACCGUCGCGUCGCCAACGCCGUCAGUAGCACCAACCUUGGCGAUACCAGCACUACCAAUCACCCCACACUCCGGAGACAACGGUAUACUCGCACGCCUCAUUUGUACCGCUCCGCCAAUGCGCGUCUGGUGUGGGCUGUGGCACCCGUGGUGUGGGGCCUCUUUGCCGCUACCGACGUUGUCGCGUACGUACUGCAACAGGGCGUCCGGCGGCACCACUACCCCGAGUCCGCCGCCAACUCGCGAUGGCACGGGGUCUUUUUAGCCACCGCCUUUGGACUGCUCAAUAGUACGGCGUCUCAUACGACUGGUGGGACCAUCUUGUACGCCAUGACGGGGCACUGGACGAAACUGUCACAAAGUAUCGUGGAUUUAUGGGAGGCCGAAACCUUGCGUCGUCGGCACGUGCGGGCCAUAUUUUCACACGUACGCGUCCUGGCGGCCUUUGUGAGCGGCAUUGUCCUCUCCGUGUGCCUUUACGAACCUUUUCUGGCCCAACUCGAAACCGGGUGGUGGCCGGUGCAGACAACCGUCGGGUCCGUGUACGCCGGACUGCUGCUCUGGUACGGUCGACGAUUGUAACCACGGAACCGUCACGUAAAUCGGUAUCCACUUUUGCAGAUCCUAGACUAGCAGGAUAGACGAGUAUAAUAAAGUUGUUUAAUUCUUGUAUUUGGUGGGGG